UAGACCACCUCAAAGAGGAACCGGAAACGAGAACAAACUUUUCCCGGUCAUUUUAUGCAGCUAAAGUUGUUUAGUAUUUUCUCUUAUUUAGACACCAACACAUCUACAUCUACACGUCUACAACCUGUAUAUACCAUCACAGCGAGGAAAGUCGUGAGGUGUGUUUUGAGCAAGGCUGGAACAAAAACCUGCACACCAGUUCUCCAGGGCUUAGGGUUGGACAUCCUGGCAUCUGCUCCAAUAUACCGAGGAUCCUUUCAUGUUUUAGAUUUCAACAUGUCCUUGAGUGCAGUCCACUCCACACUGUCUAGUCUGAAAACAUGUCAGACGGAUAUUGGAACGGGGAUGGACAUUGUGACCGACGUUGCUCUGGACGUGGCAGAGACCGCAGGAACUGAGAAUGAUGCCGUCCUGAAGAAGCUGGAGGUGAUGAUGCUGGAGUGUGCCAAACUGGACCAGGAGAUCACCUGCUUCGUUGAGGUGGUGAACUGUGUCACUGCAGAGGUGAGGAACCAGGAGCCCGAGGCCAUGUUCAGACUGAAGUCUCUGGUGAAGGAGAAGUUCACUGAGAGACACGGCCGUCUGUCUGAGGGAGAGCUGCAGAACCACGUCAAGCUGGUCAGCUUUAAGGAGAACGUCAGAAACACACUCAAAACAGUGAACCCUGAGGCAGCAGAGGAUAUGGACGAGGAGCUGGAUGAGGAUGUUGCUCUGUGUCUCUUUAUUUUACACAGUACCAGUGUAGAAGUGGGCCAGAGCCCGAACUGCAGAGGCGCCCUGUCGACCUGA